AUGUCUGCUCAAAACGAACAGUUCUACCUCCGCUACUACUCAGGUCACUCUGGGCGGUUCGGACAUGAGUUUCUAGAAUUCGAUUUUCGCACCCUUGGCGAUGGCCGUAGCGCUGCCGUUCGGUAUGCGAACAACUCCAACUAUCGCAAUGACUCCCUCAUCCGUAAAGAAAUGUGUGUGAGCUCGGCAAUGAUCCAGGAAGUCAAGCGCAUUAUAAAGAACAGCGAAAUUUUAAAGGAGGACGAUUCGAAGUGGCCUCAGAAGAACAAGGACGGACGACAAGAACUGGAAAUCCGAUUAGGAAAUGAACACAUUUCAUUUGAGACCGCGAAAAUCGGCUCCCUGGUGGAUGUGACAGAAUCAGCAGACCCGGAGGGUCUUCGAGUGUUCUACUACCUAGUGCAGGAUCUGAAGGCGCUGAUCUUUUCCCUGAUAUCGCUUCACUUCAAGGUAUGCUUAUUCAGGCUCAUCAAGCCGAUCUAA